CUUCUGAAAAAGGGCACAGUAGACUACAAAAAUGGAAGAAAGCUAAAGCUCCGAAAGGCUGUCAAGAAGGAGCCAUUCAGCCAGUUUUUGGAAGGAGAAACCUCGUUACCAUUACAAAGUCCAGCUGUUAUGGCACAAGCACCCCACCUACAGUACAUGUUCAGACAGCACAACCUUCACACACUUGUAAGAACACAGGUUUUAAGAAUGAACAGCGACAGCUGGAAUUCAACGAGGCUGUUGCAGAAGCUGAUGAACUGUUCAUGCAACGUAAGUAUUGAGAUUUGCUAGAAAAAAGUACUAGUCAAAUCUUUUAUUUUGUACAAUUUUCAUGUCUAAUAACAACAACAAUGUAAAUAUUUACUUCAAAAUUGUUUGCCGCAGUACACAUAGUAGCCUUUUCCGCAGAAAACUAAUUAUACAAAGCUAAUGGAGGCCUGGUAAGACAAACACAAAAGCACGUUUAAAAAAUGGUGAGAAAUGAAAUAUGCAAAGGUUUUAUUUCAAGAUAUAAUGGUGUUCAAAGGGAACAAAUGUUAAAACAUGUUAAAUCUCGAAUCUAGGAACACAUUUCAAGCCAGGUGGAUUAUUACAGAAUACAAAUGCAGUUCUUGCCACCCAAGAAGGGACAAAGAAUGGCAUCAUCAAAGGCAUAGGAAGGAUAGGAAGAAGAAGCAGGCAUGCAACAGAUUCUUUCAUCUUUAUACAUGGUCAUCUCUAUACAUCCCUUAAAAUCCACCCUCUUCUUAAGAAACAGAAAACUAAACAUAAGUCCUGCAGCAAAGAAGCACGUGCCCACUCCAGUCGAAAACUCAGAAUUGGUAGUUAAUCGUGGAGUGGUUUUCAAACAGGGUUAAAAAGAGCUAUGGGUUUGUAACUUUCGCAACAAUCAUCCACGUAAGAAGCUUCUGAAAAAAGGCACAGUAGAUUACAAAAAUGGAAGAAAGCUAAAGCUCCGAAAGGCUGUCAAGAAGGAGCCAUUCAGCCAGUUUUUGGAAGGAGAAACCUCGUUACCAUUACAAAGUCGAGCUGUUAUGGCACAAACACCCCACCUACAGUACAUGUUCAGACAGCACAACCUUCACACACUUGUAAGAACAUAGGUUUUAAGAAUGAACAGCGACAGCUGGAAUUCAACGAGGCUGUUGCAGAAGCUGAUGAACUGUUCAUGCAACCUAAGUACUGAGAUUUGCUAGAAAAAAGUACUGGUCAAAUCUUUUAUUUUGUACAAUUUUCAUGUCUAAUAACAACAACAAUGUAAAUAUUUACUUCAAAAUUGUUUACCGCAGUACACAUAGUAGCCUUUUCCGCAGAAAACUAAUUAUACAAAACUAAUGGAGGCCUGGUAAGACAAACACAAAAGCAAGCAAGAUAUAAUGGUGUUCAAAGGGAGCAAAUGUUAAAACAUGUGAACUCUCGGAUCUAGGAACACAUUUCAAGCCAGCUGGAUUAUUCCAGAAUACACACGCACUUCUUGCCACCCAAGAAGGGACAAAGAAUGUCAUCAUCAAAGGCAUAGGAAGGAUAGGCAGAAGAAGGAGGCAUGCAACAGAUUCUUUCAUCUUUAUACAUGGUCAUCUCUUUACAUCCCUUAAAAUCCACCCUCUUCUUAAGAAACAAAAAACUAAACAUAAGUCCUGCCGCAAAGAAGCACGUGCCCACUCCAGUCGAAAACUCAGAAUUGGUAGUUAAUUGUGGAGUGGUUUUCAAACAGGGUUAAAAAGGGCUAUGGGUUUGUAACUUUCGCAACAAUCAUCCACGUAAGAAGCUUCUGA